CUUCUCAUUUCCCUGCGAUGGUUAUCCGGGCAGCAGGGCUGGAGAGACCGCCAGGGAGCAUAGUCGCCAGUCCAGCACCGAGACUCGCCUGGCCAAAGACUGCGCCGCACACUUGCCAGGAUUGCCAAACAUUCCUGAAAAAUAUACCUGCUAUUUAUGGCAUGUGGCUUGUAACUUUACUCCUGCUGUACUCUCUCCGGGAAGUACACAGUGAGGAUGUGGGCUCUACCAGUCUGUACUUUGUGAACGCAUCCCUGCAGAGGCUGACCUACUCCAGCUCGGUGGGGGUGUCUCUGCCCUGCCCGGCGGGCGGCACCCCCACCGCCAUCCUGCGCUGGUACCUGGCCACCGGCGAUGACAUCUACGACGUGCCCCACAUCCGCCACGUCCAUGCCAACGGCACCCUCCAACUCUACCCCUUCUCACCCUCCGCCUUCAACUCAUACAUCCACGACAACGACUACUUCUGCACCGCAGAAAACCAGGCUGGCAAGAUCCGAAGCCCCAAUAUCAGAGUCAAAGCUGUGUUCAGGGAGCCGUAUACGGUGCGUGUUGCAGACCAACGCUCCAUGCGGGGAAACGUGGCCGUGUUCAAGUGCCUCAUUCCCACCGCCGUGCAGGAGUACGUCAGCGUGGUGUCCUGGGAGAGAGACACUGUCUCCAUCGUCCCAGGUAACAGGUUCUUCCUGACGUCCUUUGGUGCUCUGUACAUCUCAGAUGUCCAGAAGGAGGAUGCCCUCUCCACCUACCGCUGCAUCACCAAGCACAAAUACAGCGGAGAGACACGUCAGAGCAAUGGAGCCAGGCUGUCUGUCAUGGACCCCACCGAAUCGUCUCCCUCUAUCCUGGACAGUUUCCAGGCGGGGGAAGUCCCGGCUGGUCAGAGUGUGGAGCUCCCCUGCAUGGCAGCAGGGUACCCCAGCCCCACGGUGCGCUGGCUAAAGGACGGGCGCCCGCUGCCCUCCGAUGCACGCUGGACACGGCGCCUCACGGGUCUGACCAUCAGUGACCUCAGGCAGGAGGACAGCGGUAGCUACGCCUGUGAGGUCACCAACAGCUUCGGCUCGAAGGAGGUGUCCGGAGCACUCUACGUCAUAGACCCCCUGCGAGUGACCCUCUCCCCUAAGAGUCUGAAGACGGGCAUCAGCAGUACCCUGUUCUUUACCUGUGCUGUGGAGGGUUCGCCAGAGUACACAGUGGCUUGGUACAGGAACACAGAACCUAUAGUCCCAGACCAGCACAUCUCUAUACAGGGCUCCCACAACGACACCCUGCAGAUCACAGCCGCUCAGAAGAGCCACUCUGGGGCCUACCAGUGCUUUGCCUCCCGCAAGGGCCACACCGCCCAGGACUUCUCUAUCAUACUGCUGGAGGACGGCACUCCUCGCAUCGUGUCUUCCUUCAGUGAGCGCGUGGUCGCCCCCGGUGAGCCCUUCUCCCUGAUGUGUGCCUCCAAGGGAGCCCCACCCCCCUCCAUCACCUGGACACUGGACGACGAGCCUGUGGUGCGAGACUCCGCCUACAAGACCAGCCAGUACACCCUAUCAGACGGCCUGACCGUGUCACAUGUCAACGUCAGCAGCCCGGCCAUCCGUGACGGGGGAGUGUAUCGCUGCGCCGCACGCAACUCGGCCGGUAGCGCCGAGUACCAAGCGCGCAUAAACGUAAGAGGUUCUCCUAGGAUCAGGGAGAUGCGUGACAUCACGGCUGUGGCAGGAAGGAACACAUUUAUAACCUGUCGUGUGAUUGGUUACCCCUACUACUCUAUCAAGUGGUUUAAGGACGGCAUGUUGCUGCCUGACAACCAUCGCCAGGUGGUGUAUGAGAAUGGAACCCUGAGGCUGAGUGAUGUGCAGAAGGGCAUGGACGAGGGUACCUACCUGUGUAGUGUGCUCAUCCAGCCACAGACCUCCAUCGACCAGACUGUCCACGUCACUGUCAAAGUGCCACCCCUGAUCCAGCCCUUUGAUAUCCCCUCCACGUCGGUGGGAAAGCUGAUGUACAUCGCCUGCGUGGUGUCGUCAGGUGACAUGCCCAUCCGCAUCACCUGGCACAAAGACGGGCAACUCAUCGUGCCUGGUUCCGCCUCUGGUGUUGGCAUAGAGACCAAGGAAUUCAUGAGCUCCUUGCAGAUCUCCAAGGUGACACUGAAGCACAACGGCAACUACACCUGCAUCGCUAGCAACGCGGCGGCAACCGUCAGCUGGGAAAGACAGCUGGUCGUCACCGUUCCCCCUCGCUUCGUGGUCCAGCCCAACAACCAGGAUGGGAUCUAUGGGAAGGCAGGGGUACUAAACUGUUCUGUGGAGGGAUACCCCCCUCCCAAAGUCAUGUGGAAACACGCCAAAGGUAUAGGGAACCCCCAGCAGUACCACCCUGUGCCUCUGACUGGUCGGAUCCAGAUCAUGUUCAACGGCUCCCUGCUGAUUCGGCACGUCCUAGAGGACGACCGGGGAUACUACCUCUGUCAGGCCUCCAAUGGAGUGGGCUCUGACAUCAGCAAGAGCAUGGUCCUCACCGUCAAGAUUCCAGCCAUGAUCACGUCGCACCCCAACACCACCAUGGCCAUCAAGGGCCAGAUGAAGGAGCUGAACUGCACAGCGCGGGGCGAGCAGCCCAUCAUCAUCCGCUGGGAGAGGGGCGACACUGUCAUCGAUGCCGAGAGGAACCCCCGCUACUCCAUCACCAUCAACAAGAAGGGGGACGAGGUCAUCUCCACACUCAAGCUGAAGCCAGCGGAGCGCGGGGACUCAGUCUUCUUCUCCUGCCACGCCAUCAACUCAUACGGAGAGGGGCGAGGACUCAUCCAGCUUACCGUGCAAGAGCCUCCUGACCCUCCUGAGUUGGAGGUGAGAGAGGUGAAGGACCGCAGUAUGAACCUGCGCUGGAUCCAGAGGUUCGAUGGCAACAGCAUCAUCACCAGCUACGACAUCGAGUAUAAGAACAAGUCUGAUACUUGGGAUCACAAGUACACCACCAGGAACAUCUCCCCCACUAACAACCAGGCUAACAUCGUGGAGCUGCACCCUGCCUGCGUCUACAGCAUCCGCAUGUACUCCUUCAACAAGAUCGGACGCAGCCAGCCUAGCAAGGAGCUCACCAUCAGCACUGAGGAAGCACAACCUGAUGGGCCCCCUAUGGAAGUGAUCCUCCAACCAAUGACCUCUCAGAGCAUACGGGUCACAUGGAGGGCCCCCAGAAAGGAGCUUCAGAACGGGUUGAUCCGGGGGUACCAGAUCGGUUACCGUGAGAACGGGCCUGGCAGUAACGGCCAAUACAGCAUUGUGGAGAUGAAGGCCACAGGGGACAGUGAGGUGUACACCCUGGACAACCUUAAGAAGUUUGCCCAGUAUGGCGUGGUGGUCCAGGCCUUCAACAGGGCUGGCACUGGUCCCUCUAGCACUGAGAUCAACGCUACCACACUGGAGGAUGUGCCCAGCCAGCCGCCCCAGAACGUGCGGGCUAUCUCGGUGACCUCAGACGAGGCGGUGAUCACGUGGGCGGAGCCACCGCGUCUGACACUGCAUGGCGUGUUGAAGGGCUACCGCGUGGUGUUCUGGUCCCUCUUCCCUGACGGAGGUGGGUGCUGUGGGGGCCAGGCACAGGGGCCGAUGCAGAAAUGGGGAGAGAUGCAAAACAUCACUACAACUCGUGAGCAGGUGGAGCUGAGAGGGCUGGAGAAGUUUACUAACUACAGUGUCCAGGUGCUGGCCUACACACAGGCUGGGGACGGGGUCAGGAGCAAUGUCCUGUACAUCCAAACCCGCGAGGACCUCCCAGGUCCUCCAGCUGGUAUCAAAGCCGUGCCCUCAUCUCCCAACAGUGUGGUCGUGUCCUGGCUACCCCCCCUUAAACCCAAUGGUGUCAUCCGCAAGUACACCAUCUACUGCUCCAGCCCAGGCUCCGGACAGCCGCAAGCCUGGGUAGAGGCUGAGAUAGGGAGGGAGAGAGAAAGAGAGAAAAAGGCUCCCAGUGAGUAUGAGGCCAACCCAGAGAUGUUGUUCUACAGGAUCACCCAUCUGACCCGCGGUAAACAGUACCUCAUCUGGGCCUCCGCCGUGACAACUGCUGGCCGCGGCAACAUCAGUGAAAAGGUCACCGUGGAGCCUGCUGGGAAAGCCCCAGCUAAGAUCCUGUCUUUCGGGGGCACAGUGACUACUCCCUGGGUGAAGGAGGUCCGUCUGCCCUGCAGCUCAGUGGGAGAACCCACCCCCACCAUCAAAUGGACCAAAGACAGUGAGGACUCGACUAUCCCUGUGACUGUGGACGGGCAGCGUCAGAUCCUGUCCAACGGUACUCUGGUGUUACGUUCCGUCAAAGCUGAGGAUUCUGGGUACUACACGUGCACGGCCACCAACACCCUGGGCUUUGACACCAUCAUAGUAAACCUACUGGUGCAAGUUCCUCCAGACCAGCCCCGUCUGACCGUCUCCACCACCUCCACCUCUUCCAUCACCCUGGCCUGGAUCCCUGGGGACAACGGAGGCAGCUCCAUCAGAGGUUUCGUCCUGCAGUACUCAGUGGACAACACAGAGGAGUGGAGGGAUGUGUUCAUUAGUUCCAGUGAGCGUUCCUUCAGGCUGGACAACCUGCGCUGUGGGACCUGGUACAAGGUCAAACUGGCAGCCAAGAACAGUGUGGGCUCAGGACGCAUCUCUGAGAUCAUCGAGGCUAAGACCCACGGACGAGAGCCCGUGUUCAACAAAGAGCAGCCCCUGCUCACCCACAUCAACUCCACCCACGCGGGGCUCAACCUGCAGGGCUGGACCAGCGGCGGCUGCCCCAUCACCGCUCUGCUGCUGGACUUCCGGCCCAAGGGCACGUGGGCCUGGCAGAGCCUGAAGGCCAACGCCACGGCCCAGCUAUUCCUCAGCGAGCUGCGGGAGGCCACCUGGUACGAGCUGAAGAUGAAGGCCUGUAAUAGCGCCGGCUGUGGGAACCAAAGCUCCCAGUUUGCCACCACAGACUAUGACGGCAGUACCAUCCCUCCUAUAAGCUCUGCCCAUGAGGACAGAGAUGAUGUGAAGAAGCUGUUCUCCAUCGGUUCUCCUGUCAUCCUGGUCACCCUGGGCGUCGCCCUGCUCUUCAUCAUCCGCAAGAAACGCAAGGAGAAGAGACUCAAACGACUCAGAGAUGCUAAGAGCCUUGCAGAGAUGCUUAUCAGUAAGAACAACCGCAGCAUGGACACCCCAGUGAAGGGUCCUCCCCAGGGCCCUCGGCUCCACAUUGACAUCCCUCGUGUCCAGCUGCUCAUCGAGGACAAGGAGGGCAUCAAGCAGAUAGGUGAGGACAAGGCAGUGGCCCCAGUGACGGACACAGAGUUCAGCCAAUCAGUGAAUCCACAGAGCUUCUGCACGGGUGUGUCUCUGCACCAUCCUGCCCUCAUCCAGAACACAGGGCCCUUGAUUGACAUGUCAGACAUCCGCCCUGGAACCAAUCCAGUGUCGAGGAAGUGUGUGAAGUCAGCCCACAGCUCCAGAAACCGCUACUCCAGCCAGUGGACCCUGAGCAGGCCGGGCCAGAGCCAAUCAACAGCCUCCGCAAGGACUCUGACCUCUGACUGGCGCACCAUGGGCUCCCACGGCAUCACCGCUACCGAGAGUGACAGCUACAGCGCCAGCCUGUCCCAGGAUACUGACAAGGGUCGUAACAGCAUGGUGUCCACAGAGAGUGCGUCGUCUACGUAUGAGGAGCUGGCGCGGGCCUACGAACAUGCCAAACUGGAGGAGCACCUGCAGCAUGCCAAGUUCACCAUCACAGAGUGCUUCAUCUCCGACAGCUCCUCUGACCAGAUGACCACAGGCACCAACGACCCGGCCGACAGCAUGACAUCACUCAGCACCCCAUCCGAGACAGGCCUGUGUCGCUUCACCGCCUCGCCACCCAAACCCCAGGACUACGACCGCGGCAGACCUACCAACGUUGCCGUGCCCAUCCCCCACCGUGCCAACAAGAGUGAAUUCUGCAACCUCCCGCUCUACAUGAAGACGGAUCCUUUCUUCCGGAAGCAGGCAGAACUGCAUGACCCAUGCCCUGCGGUCCCGCCCAGGGAGGCCUCCAUCCGCAGCCUGGCACAGCGGGCGUACCACACCCAAGGACGUCAUAUGACUCUGGACCCGUCCAAGCAACAGGCCCUGACGCUAGGCCACUCUGGGUUGGGCAGUCUGGGCGUGAGCUCAGGCACUGCCACCCUGCCCCAGAGGACUCUCACCAUGCCCUGCUCCAACCCUGCAGCCACAGCCUCCACUUCCAGCACCAGCAGCAACCCCACUGGCUCCAGCACAAAGAUGGGGGGCUCCAGAGACUCACUGCUAGAGAAUAGCUCCUCAGCGCUGGGCAGACUGCAGAAGCAAGGGGUUGGGGCCUACUCUAAGUCUUACACACUGGUGUAGCUACUAGCCCCCCUUCUCUCUCUCAAAGACUAAACACUCCUGUCUGGCCCGGCCCCGGCCCACACCCAGCCCCACACCAGUGUUCUACACAUCAGGUCAGCGAGGGCAUGCAGUGCAGUGCAGCAGGUGUCCCCAGCUAACUGCUAGCUAACAUCUAAUUACCCAGUAGCGUGAUUAGUCUUUAUUCAGACUUUAGAUUCUGCCUCCCAGGAAUGACCAGAGACCAUUGUAACCUGCCUGAUUCAUGCUCACCUGGACCUGUAUAAAACAAACUACUAUCUCCUACUAACUAUCACUUCUAGCCUGAUGCCACGCUGCUCAAUAUGUGUGUCUGGUGAUGUACACACACGCACACACACACACACACACACACACACACACACACACACACACACACACACACACACACA